AUGGAUCUGUUUAGGAAACCUGUGAAAACCUAAGCUGAAAUCGAAGUAUUUAUUAUGUUUGAAUAGAUUCUAUAUAAAGAGUAAUUCCACAAGUUAGAACCAUUUAUUAAAGUGCUUACCCUAUAAAGUCAUUCUGAAUAUUUAGAAGUAACUUCACUAUUUUAUAUACUAUAGCUUAUUAGAAGAAUAAAAGUGUAUGAAUUGAUGGCAUUUAAUUUAGUGCCAUAAAAUGAAUAGGACAAUUUAUAUUUGUUUUAUUAAGGAAGGAUGAGAUAAGAUUUAUCAGAUUUAGAGGAUUUGGAUGAAUUCGCAUCAAAGUCCAAAUUUAUCAAGAAAAAAAAAUAAUAGUACUAAGAAGACUUACCUGAAGGUUAUUUAAUUGACAGACAAAAUAUGAAUAAAAUUGUAAGAAAUAUUUUAAAUUAGUUCGCAGUUGAAAAUUGCACUUUGCUUGUGCUGACACCUACAGACAUUACAUCAUUGCUUCUUAAACAUGAGUAAUUAAUCAGACAGAAAAGACACUUCUUUUUAAAUGCCUUCAAACCUACUAAUGUGGAUGAUAAAUAAUUGUUAUGUCAAAUUGCUGAUUCACUUUAAGUAUUUCAUAAAUACAUUAGCUUUUCUAUUAUGAAGAACUCGCUUGUAUAAUGUAGUUAUAUGAAAAAUUGGAUAACUUGUUUAUCAUUUUUACCGGAAGAGUGCAAAUCUAUACUAAAAGAAACAUUAUUAUGGAGUGCAACCCCAUGGAUUUUAUCAACGAAGAAUGUGCCAUGGCUAAUUAUUCAGCAUAAGUUCUAUCCAAAGAUGCACAAUUAUUUAAAAUAGAUAAAGUUUUACUAUAAUUGUUUCCAGAACCAGCAAAAUUACUAAUUGAGAAUUCAAAAAAGCAAAAAAGUAUGCUAAGAAGAAAAUUAGUAGAAAAUCAUAUUGUUGAUUUAUAAAUACCAGAAAAUCAAGCUUAUAAAUUUCAAAGACAGCAUAAAUUUAGAAGCAUGAUCUCGUUAGAGAAGUUAUUUAAACAAGCUUAACCUCCUUAAUAAAAAUCUGAACAAACUACAAUGACUGGAUUCAACAGAAAGGAUACAUAACAUAGAAAAAAACUAUCAACAGGAAGUAUUGAAGUAUCCGACAAAGUAGUUGUGCAAGUUCUUUUCAACAAAAAUUAAUUUACCUCCAAUCGAACACUUCAAUCUUAAACUUCCGAUAAAUUCAGCCGAUCAUCCUCAAAUAUCUCAAAAUUACUCAAUUUUAAUUUCUAAUCUGUAUAACUAACCAAAUCCUCGAAAAAAGUAUAAAGCUUAUGUCUAUUACCAGAAAUGUCUCAAAAAUAAAAUAAACAAUCCUCAUUAUUAUGA